AUGGAAUUGAAACAACUACAAGCACUUGAUUUUAUCAUCAGCGAUAUUAAGGGUACAAUGCUUCCAAGAGAAGAGGUAGAUGUCUGUGGAGAUAUUGUUGAGAAAAUAAAGUGCGGGGAUAAAAUAAAAUACUAUGACACACGCACUGUACCUCAUAACCCAUCUCUGAGCAUCCCGAAUGUAAGUCCCCGUCUGUUUCGCUGCAGAUUAUGCGCUCAUACACUUUUCAAUGUUCGGAUCGAAAAAUCUAACGUGAUCCUGGACCGUGUACCGAGCAUAAUAAUGUUUUAUACUUGCCUCCUUUAUCCGGAUGUCUUCAUGUUUUGGCUUUGUUAUUCGCAUUGA